AUAGUUGUUGUUGUUGGUUUUGUUAGUGGUGAUAGUGGCCGUCAGAUGUUUUUCCUCUGAUAAAUUUUCUCUAGAACAGCAAUUUUCUUGUCGUCUCGUCGCCUUGUUUUUAUUGCUGGGAGAGCAUUUCAAACGUUUACACGAUAGGAAAUACAAAAGUUCAGUGCUUACGUGCUUUAAGUAAAUUUUGGCAAAAUAUGGAACAAAUUUCUAAAGUUUGGUUAGGACCACUGCCAGCAGAUUCGCCCUAUGUAAAACCUUUUCGACUAUAUUAUGUACAAAAUGGCAAAGAGAAGAAUUGGGAUUUGUUAAAGGUGCAUGACAGUGUGUCCAUAGUUCUGUACAAUACCAGCAGACAGAAGUUGAUAUUUGUGAAACAAUUUCGUCCUGCCGUCUUUCAUGGCAUUGUGACCACAGAUGGUGGCAAUGUUGAUAAUGUGGAUCUAAAGAAAUAUCCACCCUCUUUGGGAGUUACCUUGGAACUAUGUGCAGGCAUUGUGGAUAAGGAUAAAGGCUGGAAUGAAAUUGCCCGCGAGGAAGUGUUGGAGGAAUGUGGCUACGAUGUGCCUGUGGAAAGAGUUGAGGAGGUUAUGACAUACAGAUCUGGUGUGGGUUCUCAAGGUUCAAAGCAGAAAAUGUAUUACUGUGAGGUCACUGAUAGCGAUAAAAGCUCUAGCGGUGGUGGAGUUGACGAUGAACUCAUUGAUGUCGUUGAACUCUCUUUGGAGGAAGCCCGUCAAAUGGUACAACAGGGCUCCGACAAUAAUAGUCCUCCCAGCUGUCUAUUGGGCGUUAUGUGGUUUCUCAUGAACAAAGCUCCAAAGAACUGAUUGAGGCCAUGAAGCAAGCUUUACUCAUUUACACCAGAAUGUAUACCAAAUUUAAUUGUACUCUAACUAAGCAAGAGGCAGGCAGGCACCAUUUAGUUUUAUUCUCACUUUCAAUAAAUACACUUUGCCCACUAUUACUUCCUAGUGAAAAGAAGAAGCCAUACAUACAAGAUGGUUUUUGGCAUUCAUUACAACGCUUUAUUUUACAUACAUACAUACAUAUAUAUAUGAUAAUAUGAAAAUUCCAAGAAAAUGUGAUUUAAAUAAAACCAUAAUAAUUGAUUAGAACAAAGCGA